AUGUCCACAGGUGAGACUUUUGUUUGUCUCGUCUUGAAUCACGACUUGAGUCAUUCUCAGCCUACCAAGCAUCUUUUUCUGCCCAGCCAGCACCAUGUUUCACAAACUUAGAAUGGCAGUCUUGCUCGGUGGCAUUCUUGCUCCAGGCACCAGCAUGGCCAACACACCCCGCGGAUUCUCUGACAACGCCAUGAGUGAGGCGAAACAAACUGCUUACCGAUCGAUGUGCCAAAGCAAACUGACAUUUUCAUGACUCGGUGCACAGUCGUCUUGGCUGUGACUGGUCAUCCAGAGUGCAGAGGUAAUCUGGGAGCGGCAGCAAAGUGCUGGUCAGACGCGUGCAACACUGUCACGAAGAACGAGUGGAGAGUCAACGCUAUAGCGCCUGCAGACAAAGUCGGACAGCUCUGGGUGGAGUGUACGCUGUAAGUCGAAAGCAGCUUCACAGACGUAGGCUGCUAUUUAUACAAAGCAACGAUGGCCUCGCUAUUCUCCGUCUCAUGCAGGGACAUCAAGCUUCGACCGGUCCCCCUUGGCUCGUGAGUGGUCAGCUGCGACUUGAGAAGUCUUUACGAACGGGAUGCUGAGUGCUAUCGGCACCUGUUUUCCAGCGACCUCGACAAUUUCACGGAGUCUGCCCGCAAGCGAACUGGCUUCAUGAAGGCGGCAGAUCAGUGA